AUGGCUUUAUUAGGCUAUAUGACGCCGCUCGUGCUAGUGGCCACGUAUAUUGCCAUCCCGACGAUUAUUGUAUUGAAUCUAGUCCGCCGUCUAUUUUCAACACACGCAUUACAUUCCAGUCUACCAUGGGCAGGUGUCGGCGCUCACCACAACUCAAUCAGUCUAGCUCGAGCCAAUCUGAAUAGCUUCUUUAACCUGCAGGCUUUGCUCGACGAAGGCUAUGAAAAGUACUCGAAAAAUAAUAGGCCUUAUGUGCUCCCCUACUUCGUCAAUGGGCCGCAGGUCAUUCUCCCAUCCUCUGACAUCCGCUGGCUGCUUGACCAGCCAGACUCUCGUCUGAGCCAGGAGCAUGUGAACAGACAAUUCCUCGAAGCGGACUAUACUUUUCUGCAUGCCAAUCUAGUGAAAGACCCAGUUCAUCCGGAUAUCAUCAAGUAUGAACUCACGAAACAGAUCGGCUCUUUCGUGGAAGACAUAGUUGACGAAGUCGAGCUCUGCCUACGUGAUACGUGGGGUACGGAUACGGAGAAUUGGCGAGAGGUCCGAUUGUACGAUACAAUGCUAGAGGCCAUCGCUCGCAUGUCAACCCGCGUCUUCAUCGGUCUGCCAUUAUGCCGGGAUCCGGAGUUCAUCACGACGUGUCGCUCAUUCAAUAGGAAUGUCGCCCUUAGUGCUGCUGCAUUAAGCGCCUUGCCGGCUUUCUUGAAACCUCUAUUUGCCCCUUUCGUUACAUUCUACGACUAUAUUCAAUAUCUGCGGUGCUCGCGGUUCGUCAUGCCUCUUAUCAAGAAGCGACUAGACCAGAUUACUUCUAAGGAGAAGUUACCCCUGUUUGGCUCAAAUCCUCCAAACGACUAUGUGCAAUGGGCAAUCAACCAUGCCUUAGCCAAGCCAACACCAAAUCCAAUGGACUUAGAUCCCCGGGUCAUCGCUUGCCGAUUCUCUGUCCUUUGCUUCGCAGCCAUUCAGUCAUCAGUCAUCACCAUCACCAACACACUGUUUGACGUCGCUGCUUCUCUAAACUGCGAAAAGGCUUUGACUACAAUGCGUGAAGAGGUAGCACGUGAGAUAUUCGAAGGCGGCGCAUGCACCAAAGCCUCCUUGGCACGUAUGACACAUGUGGACUCUGCGCUACGCGAGAGCCUCCGUCUCAACGGAUUCAUUGAAAGGGGUAUUAUGAAGAUGGUUGUUGCACCGGAAGGGGUCACUCUGCCAGAUGGCUCCCAUAUACCAUACGGUGUCAAGGUCGGUAUAUCCGGCUACAGCGUGCACCAUGACGAGGAAAACUACACCGAUGCCACGACCUACAACGCAUUCAGGUUCGCGGGAACAGAUGGCGGGAAGCCUUCUGCGCUCGUGAGCACCAGUGAGAAGUUCAUGGGCUUCAGCCACGGCUCGCACGCUUGGUAA